AUGGAAGUACUACUGAAGAUGGGCUUGUUCAAAGCAAUCUUCGUUUUACUGCUACUACCUGUGAUAUGCAGUGCUGAGGGUGAAACAAAACAAACUUUUGAGAUCGAUGAAGAAAAACCUGCGAAUUCAUAUGUUGGUCGCCUGGGCGAAGGACUUGAUGAUACUUUUGGACCUCCAUAUACCUUAAUUCCAAAUGGAGAUAGUUUGGGUUUAACCAUUGACAUUAACACAGGAAUUAUUACGACAGCUUCCGUUUUGGAUAGAGAAACAAAAUCUUCAUACAAUUUUAUCGUCAUGUCGCUGCUGACAGAUAAUCUUAUUCAAGCUGAGGUAAUUGUUCGGGAUAUUAAUGACAACUACCCAAGAUUUAAUGUGAGUAAAAGAAUAGAACUUUCUGAAAGUGCAAACACUGGAUCAUCAAUACACAUAGGAAGUGCCAUUGACGAUGACACCGGCGAUAAUGGCAUUGUUUCAUAUGCAAUUACGUCAGGUAAUGAAAAUGGGAAUUUUGAAUUAAAAGGACAGUUGUCAAAACCAUUUCUAUACCUUGAUCUUGUAAUCAAAAAACUUCUAGAUUUUGAAAAUAUUUCAAACUAUGCACUAGUUAUAAGUGUUGUAGAUGGAGGUCAGAAAACCGGAAGUGUAAUGAUUCAAGUUCCAAUUUUAGAUGCAAAUGACAACCCACCGAAAUUUGAUUUGAGUCGUUACAGCGCACAGGUAAGAGAAGACCAACUUGUUGGUAAAAGUGUCCUCAAAGUUUCGGCAACUGAUCAGGAUUCCAUGGAAAAUGCUAGGAUAACGUACACAAUGGACUAUCAGAAAGAUCCCGACAGGCAUUUCCGUGUUGAUCCAACAACAGGGAUUAUUCGAAUAAAUAAACCUUUGGAUUAUGAGAAAACGCCAGCCUUCCAGCUCUCUGUCAUUGCUUCAGACAAUGCUUCACAACCUUUAAGAGAUACAACGUCAGUAGAAAUUAUCGUCAUAGAUAUAAAUGAACAACCUGCAAAUGUCAAUUUGCUGUUUCUCUCUAACGAAACAACAGCCGGACAUAUCCCUGAAAACUCGAGUGUGGGUACACCCGUUGCGAGAAUUUCUGUCAGUGAUCCAGACAAUCCAACAGUGUAUUAUUCAAAUAUUACUGUCACUUUACAAGGUGCUGACCCAUAUUUUGGAUUAGAAACCAGUAAUAAUGUCACCUUCAUCCUUUAUGUGAAAGCUGGACUUGAUCGCGAACUUCAUCCAAAUUUUAAUAUAACAAUUCUUGCUGUAGAUGGUGGUUCACCACCACUUCAAGCUGCAAAAUCCUUCACACUUUGGAUUGAUGAUGUGAAUGACCAUGCCCCACAAUUUACCCAAAACAUUUAUGAAGCUUCAGUGCAAGAACAGGCCCAGGAGGGAUCUUCUGUCAUACAGGUUCAAGCUUCGGAUCAAGAUGCUGGUCCUAACAGCCAUAUAACGUAUGGUAUUAAAUCGCAUCUCAACAAUUCAGAUUGGUUCGAAAUUGACCCCUCUUUAGGUAUAGUUGUUGUUCGAGCUCGGGAUACUAUUGACUGUGAAGAAAACCCAAAUCCGUGGAUUACUAUUACUGCAACAGAUUCAGGAAUGCCACCGCGAACAGGAAGUGCAACUCUCAAAAUUACAGUUUUGGAUGUAAAUGACAUGCAGCCACAGUUUGCACACACCUAUUACCAUCAAAUUGUCCCAGAAAAUGUUCAAGUUGGAAGCUGUAUUCUUACGGUGUCGGCAGAUGAUCCAGACUGUAACGGGAACACCCAGUUGACGUAUCAGCUGUCCAACUCCUCCCUCCAGACCAGUGACAAAUUCACCCUGGGCAUUUCCUCUGGUGAAAUCUGUAUUAAGCAUCCCUUGGACUACGAAACUCAACAUAGCUACACCUUCCAAGUUUUCGCUGUUGAUAAUGGUGGUUUGACAGGAGACACCAGAGUUCAGAUAACAGUUACGGACAUCAAUGACAAUCGUCCUGAGUUUUACCCACGUAACUACAGUCAGAAUCUCGACUUCAUUGAGGCCACCAAUCCCAGCAAGGACAUAGUGACAGUGGUGGCGCAUGACAUUGACAGUGGCAACUAUGGUCGCGUGUUCUAUCGCAUCAUUUCUGGUUCACAGGGUGGAGCUUUCACCAUUAAUGCUCAGAGUGGUCUGAUCUCACUGUCGGCCAGUCUACCGCUGGAGGAAAAAGUCUACGUCGUGGAAGUUGAAGCGUAUGAUGGAGGUGGUCUUGCUUCUCUCCUGGCUGCCACGGUUCAUAUCAGUGUUAUGGGAAAUGGUUCCCCACGCCCCUCGUUUGAGCGUGCAACCUACAGCUUUUCCGUGCCGGAAAAAGCUGCCCAGUCAACAUUGGUGGGGCAAGUGUUGGCCAUAGUUACUCCAAGCAAUGGACAAGCUAUCCAUUACUCCAUUACCUCGGGUGAUGUAGACAACCACUUCUACAUCGACCGACUCUCUGGUAAAAUCUUCACCAAUGAUGACAGACUGGACCAUGAACAGACAACAAGUUUCCUCAUCACUGUCAUGGCAGAGACUGAUAGCCCACCUGUUUUUGGAAAAACUCAGGUGAAUAUAUCAGUAGAGGAUAUCAAUGACAACGCCCCACAGUUCUACACCCAAGAUGUCAAUAUCCAUGUUUGGGAGGACGAGGACAUGGCCGAGGUCCUCUACAAGGUCAUUGCUACUGACAGUGAUGGCGGUGUGAAUGGCACAGUGCGAUACAGUCUUGUAGAGAACAGAGACUCAACGUUUGUCAUUGACCCAGUCAGUGGAGACAUUCGGCUUCAAAAGUCACUGGAUUAUGAAGAUAUAAAAUCUUACACUCUGGUCAUCCAGGCACGUGAUAUGGGUAUCCCACCACUAAGCACCAAUACGACCCUGAAUGUGUUUGUCACCAAUAAGAAUGAUAAUCCCCCAACGUUUUUGAAGACCUUCUAUGAAGUAAAUGUUGCUGAAGAUUUGUCGCUGAGUUCAACAUUCUUGGAAGUGCAGGCAAGUGACCUUGACAUGGAUCAGAUAACAUACACACUUCAGGAAGUGAGUGACCUGUUCGGGAUCUGGCCCAACAACGGUCACAUGUAUUUGAAAAUGCCAUUGGAUCGUGAAGUGCAACAUCUGUACCAGCUGUUUGUCAUUGCUAAGGAUAAUGGAAAGCCAACACAGCUCUCUGCCACAGCCACCGUCCUUAUUCUAGUCACAGACGCCAACGACAACUUCCCUGAAUUCUCUGACAAUUUGUACAUCUUCCCUGUGUCUGAGGAUGUUGCAUCCAGAACAGUUGUUGGAUCAGUAACUGCAACAGAUAGGGACAUUGCAGACAAUGCCAAAUUGGAGUACUCCUUUGUUGUUCCCCAGACUGAAUUUAUCAUCAAUACUUACAAUGGUGAAAUCAGCACAUCAAUGGCUAUUGACAGAGAGGUCAAGGCCACAUACACCAUGAAUGUGUCAGUUCGAGAUUUUGGUGUUCCAUCUCACACUGAUACCACAGUAGUUAAAAUUGUCUUACUUGACAUCAAUGACAAUACUCCCCAAUUUACCUCAGAGAACAGAGGGACAGUGAUGGAGAACCAGGCUAAGGGCACAAAUGUUAUCCAGGUUAAUGCCAUUGAUCCAGACAGUGAAGAGAAUGGCACAGUUUCAUAUUUUUUCGAUGAACAAGGAACAGAUGCUUUAUCUUUGGCACAUUUUGAACUGGAUCCCAAGUCAGGAUGGUUAACAACUGCGGAAGUGUUGGAUUACGAAAAAAGCAUCAAAUAUCAUGUGGUUGUUGUGGCUGUAGAUUAUGGAACACCACAGAAAUCCUCAUCUGCUACCAUCACCAUUAGCGUCCUGAAUGACGUAAACGAGGGCUACAUCAACGAGGAUAUAAACAUGACUAUAGGUGUGGUUGAAAACACUCCAGUUGGUUCCAUUGUCGGCAGAGUCAAGCUUCACCAAACUGACAAUUCUAAAGUUUCUUACUUCAUAUUUGCUGGAAAUGAUUUCAGUCUAUUUUCAGUGAACCAUACCAAUGGUGACAUAUACUGCAUUAGAGACAUUGAUUAUGAAGUAUCGUCAUGGCACACCAUUGGCGUCCAUGCCAUUGACCAGAGUCUUGUUUUCCCCCAAACAAGCACCAUCAAGGUUAAUAUCAAUGUUCUAGACGAGAACGAUAAUCCACCGUUGUUUGAGAGAGACCCAGUCAUGUUGACAAAACCUGAAAACCAACAAGUUGGACAGAUUGUGUAUAUUUUCUCAGCAACAGAUCGGGAUUCUGGUGUGAAUGGCUCCAUAACCUAUUCAAUUGAGAGUCAAGAACCACAACUAGACUUUUUCAGUUUAGAUGCCAAUACAGGUACAUUGAGAAUCAAAUCUGUGAUUGAUUACGAACAGACAAAGACUGUAACACUGUUGGUACGUGCGGAGGAUAAAUCUCCUUAUCCUGCUGACCGACUUCAGUCAACUGUUGUAGUGGUCAUCACCAUUGAAGAUGAGAAUGACAAUACGCCUUUGUUCAAGAGCUACUCACCGUUACAUGUGUUAGAGAAUAUACCAGUAGGUGAUGCCGUUGUUAAACUUUUUGCAGUAGAUUUGGACGACAAUGUUGACAACAGUGGAAAUGGUGUAGUUUCAUAUAAGAUUGUUGCAGGAAAUGAUGGCUCCAAGUUUGCUCUGGACUCUCACACUGGGAUAUUGUCAAUCAGUCAUGAGCUAGACAGAGAAACAACAGGCAGUUAUACCCUGAACAUAAGUGCAACAGAUCGUGGCAUGCCUCAGCAUAUGUCAUACCUGGAAUUCAGUAUUGUGGUAGACAACGUGAAUGACAACCCUCCCACAUUCUUAAAGAGAGUGUACAAUGUUGAAGUCACAGAAAACAACAGCCAAGAUGAUUUCCUCAUCGCUUUGACAGCUACGGAUGUUGAUAUAGGGGAUGACCAGCAAAUCACCUACAUGCUUCCACCUGGAACUGCUGGGGGCAAGUUCAUCAUCAACUCUAAGACUGGUGCUCUUAAAGUGACUUCUAUACUGGACAGGGAGGAACAGAGCUCCUAUGAAUUCACAGCGUUUGUAUUUGACAAUGGCAAUCCUGUGCUGUAUGACACUGCCACAGUCAUUGUAAAAGUGACAGAUGUCAACGAUCAUACACCAGUAUUUCAACAAAGUGUUCUGGAGCUGAGGAUCCCAGAGAACAUCGAUUUGGUGGCCUUUUAUACUGUCAGAGCACAGGAUCUGGAUGAGGGCAAGAAUGGAGAACUCUCCUACACUAUCCUAGAUGGUAAUCUUGGUGAUCACUUCAGCAUUGACCGCACCACUGGUCAGUUGUCCUGUACUUACCUUGACCGCGAGGACAGGUCCUCUUACAACUUGACUAUCCAGGCUCAGGAUGGUGGAUUUAAAACUGCAUCCAUGGUCAUUCAGGUCAUGGUACUGGACGAGAACGACAAUGCACCAACAUUUAUCCAGGACAAAUAUACCAAACGUCUGAGUGAGGAUGUCCAGAUUGGAACAAUGGUCAGAUUAGUGUCAGCUAGUGAUCGGGAUGAGAACGGAAAUGGUCGAAUCACCUACUCACUUGGUAAUGAUACAGAUGGCAUGUUCAAGGUUGAUAGUGUGACAGGAAAUAUCACAACUGCCAGGCAUUUUGACCAUGAGAAAAAGUCAAAGUACAUCUUCAAGUUGGUUGCCGAGGACAACAGCCAGUAUAACAGAAAAAGCACAACUGCUACCAUAGAAGUUACACUGGACAAUGUCAAUGAUAAUUCACCAAUCUUCCAGAAUGUUCCUUAUAUUGCAAAUAUAAAUUAUAGUGUACCGUCAGGCACAUUUGUAGUCAGGGUGAAAGCUGCCGACCUUGACCUUGAUCAGAUCAACUACAGCCUCAGUACGACCUCUGGAGAUCGGUCCUUACGAUAUUUCAGAAUAGAUGCCAUUAAUGGUGAUAUAUACACUCGUGCAUUCCAGGCAGAAGCUAAAGGCUAUCAUUAUCUCCAUGUGAUAGCUAAAGACUUGGGCUUGCCAUCCAGAACAACCACUACUGUUGUACAGAUCAUGGUGGGGACAGACAGACAUGCACAUCUUAAAUUUACUUCACCAACUUACUAUGCUCAAGUUGAAGAAAAUUCUGCUCCAGGAACCUCAGUAAUCGGGGUAUUGGCACAGGUUAUGGAAGGUUCUUUACAGGGUAACAUCCAAUACGCUUUUGUGGAAGGAAACAGUGACAACAUAUUCUCAAUAUCUAGCUCUGGUGAAAUCACUGUUAAGAACAAUGACAAAUUGGAUUAUGAAACCUUUGAGAAAAUCCAGUUGUUGGUGUCGGCGAAGAAUGGCGACCUAUCGGGAUAUGCCUUGGUUGAGGUCUCUGUCCUUGAUGUCAAUGACAAUGCCCCACAGUUUGCUCAGGACCCUUACUACACCUUUAUCAGGGAGGAUGUUCCAAUUGGCACAACAGUGUCACAGGUUAUUGCUACAGAUCUAGACAGCUCGGUGAAUGGAAUGAUAUCCUACAGUAUCCUACAGACAAACGAUCAGGACAUUGUGUUUGUUAUUGACAACAGUGGACACAUAACUACCCACCUCCCACUUGAUUUCGAGAUCGUCCAACAGUAUCGCCUGGAAAUUGAAGCUGUUGACACGGGUUUGUCGUCCACAAAGACAGGAACCUGUAUUGUAACAAUUAAUGUGGUAGAUGUCAAUGACCAGUAUCCCAAGUUUCCUCCUCCACGAGAAGAAAAUGUCACAGAAACAACACCUGUUGGAUCUCAGAUUAUGAAAGUGACGGCCAAUGAUCGAGACACCUUUCCUCCACUCCUUUAUGAUUUCGACAACAAUGGUAAUCAAGAUGGCCGCUUUGCCAUUAACAAAUUUACAGGUGAUAUCAUUCUAGCCAAACCUGUGGACCAUGAGGGAACAAACCAUUACAGAGUAGCAUUGAAGGUUACUGACGGAAACAAAACAGCUACAACUGUUCGAGAUCUGUACAUCAUGGACGUCAAUGACAAUGCACCAAUGUUUGUUCAAUCAAACUAUCAGGAAUCUGUCAAAGAAAGAACGAUGGCAAACACACUGGUACUACAUGUAACAGCUUCAGAUCAUGACAGUGGAUUGAACGGCGAGAUUGUGUAUGGAAUUGAGACUGCUGUAGACACUGGCUUUACAAUAAACCCGACCACUGGUGCCAUAACGACCACCAGGGAAGUGCAGUUUGAUCCUGAUCAUCCGACAGUGCAGCUUACAGUGACAGCAACAGACAGAGGUCAGCUAGCUCGGUCAACAGCUACUUACGUCCACUUGAUUAUAGAACCAGUCAACAACAACGCUCCUCGUUUCUCUUCUUCCAGUAGCACCAUCAGCGUGGUGGAGAAUACCCAAGUUGGCUCAUCUGUUGCUCAGCUUGUCGCUACAGAUGCUGAUGUCUACCAGACAAUCCAUUACUCUAUACGCUCGGGCAACAACAACAACGCAUUCUACAUAAACCACACAUCUGGUGAAAUCUUUGUCAAUGGAAAGCUUAACAGAGAGGAGAUAGCAGAUUACGACCUUGACAUCGUUGCAGAGGACAAUGUGACCCCAAUAAUGAGAGGAUCAAUCAUGCUACAUGUGACAAUUGAGGAUGUAAAUGAUAUGGAGCCUCGAUUUGGACAGACCAAUUACACUGUGCCUCCAUUACUUGAAACCUACCCACCAAGCACCAGCUUCCUGAAGAUGCUGGCAAUGGACAGUGACCUUGGCAACCAUGCUAAGCUACACUACAGCAUUAUCUCUGGAAAUGAUGCCAAUAUAUUUGAAAUCAACAGCUCAACAGGAGAUCUGAAAAUUGCUGCUUCUAAAAGUUUGGAUUAUGAACUUCACACGAGUCAUCGCCUUGUUGUCCAGGCAACAGAUUGUUUAGAUUGCCCUGUAAAUGUGCCAAGAUUGUCUGGAAUUGCGGUGGUUGUCAUUGAUGUAACUGAUGUAAAUGAUCACCUUCCCGAGUUCCCAGUCCCAUUUUAUUACACAGUGUUUAAUGAGGAACAGUCAGUGAAGACACAAGUCUUUCAGGCAGUGGCAUUUGACGGUGAUGCUGGUCGAUAUGGCGAGCUGUCCUACGCCAUCAGUGAUGACAGGUUCUUUAGGAUUGAUCCCAUUACUGGCUGGGUGUACCCGAAAAUUGUCUUUAAUGUAGAAAGUCUGCCAACUAAUAUUAAUGACAUUCCUGGUAGUUUUUCUUUUAUUGUUACGGUCAGUGAUGGAAGAAAUGCAUCUGUAGGGGCAAGAGUUGUCAUUGGUGACAUUGAUGAAUAUCCACCACAGUUUUCCAAACCUGAAUAUGAGUUUUCUGUGGCAGGAAAUGCAGAAGUUGGAGCUGAAGUUGGACAGGUGUUAACCACUGAUGCUGACCAAGGCUCAGCAAAAAUUCCGUACUACUUUUUGAAUCGUCACAACGACUAUUUUGAUGUCAAUAUUACCACUGGUAUGAUUUAUGUCAAAUUGGGAUUUAAUUCAAAUCCAGGAAAUCGUCGUCGCAGAGAUGCAGACCACUCCCGUCACAAGAGGUCAUUGUCUGACGCUGAUAAAACACUGAUAAUAGAAGUGAAAUCAGCUGUUGCAAACUCGCGUUCGAAAAGUACGGUUGUUACAAUCGCUGUUGAUGAAUCCUGUUCAGGGUGUCAGAUCAUACCUCCAGUAACUAAAAAUCCAGAAGGCUUUGGAGGAACCACUAUGAUUAUAGUUAUAGUGUUUGUAGUUGUGUUGGUCAUUCUGAUCAUUGUCAUUGUGUUAAUAUUUGUCCGGUAUAAGCAGAGAAGUAAAAAGCCUGUAGCACAAGUUUAUGAUGCUACUGAUUUCAAUGGAUUUGAUUUCCCACAAAAUCCAGAUCAGUCGGGUGGAAUAACUUAUGAUGAGGCACCAACUUAUAGUCGGUCUAAUUCUAAUAAUAUUACCUCAGAAGUUUCAGAGCACUCUCAUCAUUCAGUGUCUAGUGGACGCGGAUCAGUGGAAGCAGAAGAUGAUGCGGAGAUUUGCAUGAUAAAUUCUCUGCAGUCUGAUUUGAAUCAGUCGAGUGGCUUCCGAAGUAAAAACAUGCCAGAUUCAGGUAUACAGGACGAUGAUAAUACUUCAGAACCAUCAGUUCAAAAUUCUAAAGACUAUUUAGCUAGACUUGGUAUAGACUCUUCACAAAUACCAACGAAAAAUAAAAAUACUUCCUUUUCUGAGGAGUCAUUACCGCCAUUUUCGGAGGAGGGUGGUGGAUUAGACACAGUGGACGAUCCACUGGAUAUAGACUAUAAUAGGCUUGGGCCUGUGGACAAUGAGCCUAGUAUCAGUGUUAUCAGUAGUUCUCACCACACUCAACCGAGAGACCUCGGCUUCCAUGAGCCCGAGCACUACGCUCAGCCGGGCUCCAUGUCAAGUGUGAUAAACAGUGAGGAGGAAUACAGUGGCUCGUACAACUGGGACUACUUACUGGAUUGGGGCCCACAGUAUCAACCCCUCGCUCAUGUGUUCUCUGAGAUUGCUCGGCUUAAGGAUGACACAAUCCAGCCAAAGAAACGACCAAUACAGACUGUGCCACAGACUAACAGUGUCAGCACAACACUAAAACCUCAGGUGAAAAUGAUUCCUCCUCCAAUGAUUACAAACGCUCCCCCGCAGGCAUUGUCACAGUCUGCCACUCGAAGGUCUAGUCAAAGUAGUGGAGGCAGUAGCUCAUACAAACCUCCUCGUACUUUAGCCAAGAGCAACAAUAUCAAAAACAAUGUCUCGUUACCUAGCAAUGCACGUUCACCCAUCACAAAUGAGGGGGGAUUCAACCCUCCUCUCACACCGUCAUUCACGCCAUCUUUGUUACCAUUGGCAACAGGAGCGCCAGUCGCAGGCACACCUAAUCAUAGCGGACAUGGCAUACCUAAUAGACAGCAAAUGGGAGUCCCUAUGGGCCAUCAGUUGGUUAUCUCCCCUCCUCAUGAGCAAGAACAGGAGCUACGGAUCUAGUGAAUGGGUCAGUGUUGAAGCUUCACAACAUUUUAUAAAAUCAUUAGUGUACCUCAAAGUUUUAAGUCAUAUGACAUGAGCGCAACGUCAUGCGACUGAUGAUACAGGAGGUAUCGUCUUCCAUAAAAAUUGGUCAGAGCAACCCUGAAAAUCGGACAAUAUAUUCAUUCAGGGACCUAUUUUUAUUGUUAACAUUUUAUUGAGGUAUGAAAUAUCUCUAGUUUUGUAAUUCAAAAAUGCAUUAGCAAAAAAGUAUAGCUGUGAUAUGAUUUUAAUGCAUUCGUAUGUUCAAAUAUUUUUACUUUAACAUUUGUAUUACACAUAUUUGAAUCUUGUGGGUCGUCCACAAAGUUUAAAUAAUACCCAGUGUCAAAUGGUUGCUAUCAAAGUGACGCAGAAGUUGAAUGUUUGUAAUUAUGUUUAAAUGACCUCCUAGUUGCACUAUAAACUUAUCGCUCUGUAUGCAUUGAAAAUAGUGAAGAUAUCCCAGUUGUUUUACAUUUCCAGUUUACAGGCAAUCUCAUAAUACUCUAGACAAUGGUCUAUUCCCCAUUGUUUUUAUUGCCUGAACAUUUAGCCCUCCAUACCAAAUGACAAGAUAUUAAACUAGCCAAAUAUUGUAUCUAACAAAUAGAAAAACAUGACAUUAACAGGAAUGUGAUUUAAAACAAUAUGACACGAAGUGGAAACUUUUCUAUGUAUUAGAAAAUCAGUUAAUUUUUCUUGUCUUUUCUAUAAGCUACCAGCUAAUCACUUUACUGUUGUGUAAUAAAUGUAUGUUUGAACAAUCAUUAAUUUUUUUUUUUAAUUGAAUCUAUAUUUGAUGCUCCAUGUAAACUGAUUCAGUGACAUUCACCAAGAACUUCUUCUGCAUGACAGGCUGGUCAAGGUCAUUUAGUGUCAUUCCAAAACAUGUAGUGCCAUCUCCUUCAGCUAUGUCAUUAGUUCAUUCGUAGAAUUAAUUAAGUUCAUUCUUUCAUCAUAGGAACUCUAUGGGAGCAAUUUAUUUUUCUUCAACUGAAUUCCUUUAAAAAAUUAAUACCAAAAUUGAUCAACUUGAUACAUUUUUAAAAUUUUACUUUAGGAUCUACAACAGGGAUUUUAAUCUGUAGAUGCAAUAUUUUAAUUAGUUGAUGCAUGUCAUGGCAUGCCCUUGUAUGUUAAGUACUGUGUCCUUAAAAUUAACUCAGAUUUUCUUACCGUUUUUUACUAGCUUAUGUCCAUGUUUGUGAUUCAAAGAUAUCUUCCAAAUAAUUAUAAUGUACUCUAUACCAACUUUUUUCUUUUAUGUUACUUUUUAAAAAUAUGUUUUAAGUGUAUUUGUUGAUAAACAUGAAUGUUACUAACGCAAUACAGUGUGAAUGCAAGAUAUAAUUCAUUUCCAAAUAUGUUGUUAUUAGAUUUAUAAUUUAAUGUAUAAUGACAGAGAAUUUGUUCAGCGUUAAAAAACAUGAAUCAUUUGCGUAAGCUCAUAUGAAAGAAAUAUCGUAAUAUUUUAUUAGUUCAGUUUACCAUUGAAGUGAUUGGGUAGGUAUCUUUAUAAUGAUGUGAGAUUGCGUAUUCAUGUUAGAGUGGUGUAGAUUUUACAGGAUGAUAGAUGCUGAUUUGAUUUCAUUAAAGUGUUGUUAAAUGUUGUUUUAGGAAUGGAAGGAUAUGUUUAACAUGCAUGUUGAGAUGGAAAUCCGUGGAUAUUAUAUUGUUGACACAAAUAGAUCAUUUUUUAGCUUUACUAUUUUUUUGUUGUAUCUUGAAUUUGCCAUCAGAACAAAAUAAAAUCAACAUUUUAUUCACAAAACCAUUGAAAUGAUUUCAUUUCCUUUUUUGCAAAUUCAAAUUUCAGUUAAAAUGAUUUUAACUUGUAAAUCUCCAAAAAGCAGUCCAGAUGAACAGGUGAUGCAGAUGUGAACUUAAUUGUGUUAGAUCUGUAUAAAACUGAUAUUUACUACAUCACAUGAUUUGUUCUCAUCAAAACUUGAUCAUUAAGAAUUACAUGGAUUCCUUGGUAAUAACAUCACUUUGUCAAAAACUCAUUUACGUAAAAUUUGACAAUGUGAUACUUUCUUGAUUUAAAAACAAAAUAUGCAUGUAAUGUUCUAAUAUUCUUGCACAUUACACACAUGAAAGCAAUAGUUUUCAUAUAAGAAAAAUCAAUUUGACUUAAAUAUUUGUAAUUGUUUCUGUCUUGAAAUAAUGAAGUAAAGAACUUUUUGAAGGGAUUAUAAAGUUAGGAAACUGACAUUAAGGAUUGAGAUAUUGUUAGGGAAUUUCAUUCACACUUUAUUUUACAUACACCUGUUAAAGUGAGCAAAAUUUUGGAUAUUUGAAUUAUCACUAUUACAGUGGUGCUUCAUUUUAAAGUAUUUUAAUUCAAACAUAAAAACACAUUAUAUGCAAGUACAUACCGUGUAGUGCUAUGAUUAACUUUCUUGUUCAAUUUUUUAUUUAAAAAAUAGAGAUAAUUACUAUGUGUGGGAAAUUUCACUAUUUAUGUGCUUUGGCCGAUGAAGCAAAAAAAAAUAGUCAGAAGUUAUUUGUUGUAACUGAUAUUAUGUAUCUUUUUGGAAUGUUUGGAUGAAUUCAACACUAGACAAAUAUAAAUAAUUUUAUGUAAGGGUGAAAGGAAAUUCUAGGUGAAUAUUUCACUGGGUAUUAUAGAGUACAGCUAGACACAUUAGGAUCAUCCAUGUUAAUCAAAAUUAGGAAUUUUUUUAAGGUUGUAACAAAACUUAGGUUAGAGGUAAAUAGUGGUCAUUCAUUCCUGUAUAUUAACUUGAAAUGUUUCUGUAUGUAUGUGUCUGAUAUUUGAUGUUACAUUGUGUCAAAAUGUCUCACUUCUUUUUCAAAUUGAGAUGUAGAACUUUGAAAAAGUUCAGCAUAUCAUUAAAUGUUUAAUUCUUUUUGUCAUAUUCAUGAACAAAUUUAAUAAAUUAAUAUUUCCUUGCAAUGAUAUUCUGCUGAGA